UUAAGUUAUAAAAGUGAGACAGACAUGAAGAGGAAACGCAAGGUAUCAUCACAUCCAGAUGUGACGGAACAUCUCAUCUGCGCUAUCUGCACCGAUAUCUUCCAUGAUCCCCGCAUUCUCGUAUGUGGACAUGUAUUCUGCAAGAACUGUCUGGAUAGGCUCAUGCGAAAACGGGUAGGGUUUCUACAGUUUUUAACUAUUUCUUGUCCCACUUGCAGACAUGAUACCGAACUAACAGAAAGUGGAGUGAAUGGACUUAGUCGAAUUAUACCAAUCGUGGGGAUCCUAGACCAGGACUUGAGUGAAGAGCCAGGGCCUUCGUGUAAAAGGUCCAAAAGAAUUGCCACAUGCAGUGAGCACAACCAAGAGCAAAGGGUCAUUUACUGCAGUACCUGCCAGGAUAUGAUAUGCUUUAAGUGUUUCCAAGAAAACCAUUCCAACCAUGUAAUCAAGACAAGAAACGAAUUUCUGGGAGAGCUAAGUCAAAAGGCCCAAGAUGCCAAACAGAAAUAUCAGGUUCAAUUGAAAACCGUUGAGAACAAUCUCCGUGAAGCUGAUCAGGCAGAACAGCUGCUGCAUUCUGAACAUACCAGGGCGAAGCAAUUAAUUGAAAACGAGUAUAAGGCUAAAUUAGCAAGACUGAGCAACACAAUGAAGCAACGGAAAUCAGAUUAUGCUAAAUUCAAAGUAAAAGGGGAACAAUUUAAAACGAGUCUGGCGAUUGCUGUUCCAAAGUUGGAAAGUAAAACUUUAUUAGAGGAUCUAGAUGACGAUGGCCUCAAGUCUUACGUUGAAAAUGUCGACAAUGUGACGAAUCUUCUCCAGACUGACAUUGGUGUAAAACAUUUAAAUCACUGGAAUAAAUCAUAUGCAACAGCUGCAUCAUCUAGACCUCAGUUCGACUCUGUUCCAUCAACCAGUGGCGGAACCGCAGAGCAUGCUUUUCAAAUAGGUACUCUAACAAGUCGCUCUAAAGUUAUAAAUACGGUAUUUGGGGCGCCUAGAUAGGUGGCUAUAUAUUGACGCUACGUAACUGUUUUUUAGACGAGAGAAGGAAAGUGUUCAGCUAGAGAAUGCUAGAAUGUAUUUAUAAUCAGCCACGUGAAAGGUAACUACGAAUGAUGAUCAUGAUGAUGUGAAAGGGGGACACAGUUCAAGUUUAGACCGAGCAACAGUGAUAUUAUACAUUUCAUUUCGUGUAUAAAAUUGUAGCAGGAUUGAAGAGGAUAUUCAUAGUGUAUUCUAUUUCAUAAUAAUGUUUAAUUUGUAUUGCAUACAUAUAUGACACAACUACAUGUACAUAAAAAGAGAAUGACUUAUGUUCUGUUAAGUUUCCACACGACACUGUGCCUAAGUCAAGUAAAUGUACAGUGUAAAAUAAAUACGGUGACAAAUUGAUUUUCCUUUUCAAUCUUAGACCGCACCUAUAGUCUAUACACAUCGUCAGUUGAAUAAGAAAGACGGACAACUUUUAAAAUACGGGCCACUGUUCAAUGUAUCGAUAUCACGAUAUGAUAUCAUUUUCAUAGUGACUAUUUGAAUAUACAUCCAUACUCAGUUGUGUCUUUUUCUUUAUUUCUUGAAUCAUAUUGAAUUUAAUUUGUUUUAUGUGGAAGCCCAUUUCAUAAGCAAUUUACGUCUUUGUGGU